AUGGCUACGGCGCCAUUAGCCAUCGGUGGCUACGGCCCUACUCUCCUGGCGGUCCUUUGGGUGGAAUUCUUCGUCGCGUUCGCCCUCCUGCUGGCACGGAUAUACACGACAUGGAGGAUCACUAGGCGCGUCCGCUUGGAUCUAUAUCUGACCCUGCUGACCUUUGCCAUCGCAACGGCCAGCGCCGUGUUCCUCACUCUCAGCAUCUCAUACGGGCUAGGGCAACAUAUCGAAAACCUCACAGAGGAAGGAAUUGUCGCAACAAUCAAAUGGAGCUGGGUAAAUCAGGUGCUGGCCAUUUUCGCCAUCGGCCUGGGGAAAUUGGCCAUCGUCGCAUUUCUCCAGCAAAUCCACGGCCCCGAAGGCCGUGGGAAGAUCAUUGCUUUGUGGGCCUUGGCAGCCAGCAAUUUUGUGAUCAAUGCCAUCACUGUCGGGAUGGUCUUGUCCCAGUGCACUCCAUUGCAAAAACUCUGGGAUGAGAGCCUUCCGGGAACUUGUGAUGGUCGCCGGCGAAACCAGAAUUGUGCCUACUUUCAGGGAACUCAAACUCAGCGUGAAGGCUGGUCUGUGCUGCCUGAUGGGGCUCGGUGUCAUUGCCUGCGUUUGCUCCAUCAUCAAGACGACGGAGCUUCGGGUGCUUUCACGAACGCAGGAUGUCACCUGACGGAAAUGUGGGUCAUCCUGAUUGUUGGAUGCAUUCCUCCCAUCCGCCCUCUGUUCAUUGCGCUGUUUCGCAAGGUCGUGUCCAGCGCGCGAUCGCUAUCGGGACCCGAGAAGUAUAAUCGCUCCGGCACCGAGCUACGAUACUUCUCCCAUGCGUCGCGACACUCGCGCCAGCCCGUGCAAUCCCAACGAUCGCGCGGCACGGAGCUGGGCAGCAUGGCGAACGACCACGAGAGUGAGGAGAACAUCCUGGCCAUGGAAGGAGGGGCCAUCGUGAAGACCACCAACAUCAGCCUGACCUAUGAGGGGUCGACGACGGCAUCGAGAGAGCCGGUCGACCAGGGAAUCUAG